UGGAUUUGCAGACAGCAGCCGGCUGCUGGGGGCCCGGCGCCCGGGCUACGGGACGCUGCAGCCAGACUCCGACCCGGCCCACAUGGAGGUGACGGGUUACCAGCGCCGGGCGUGGCGGGUGCUGCUGUGCCACGCGGGCUCCGUGCUCAGCGCGGGGCUGCUCCUGCUGCUCUUCCACUGGAAGCCCAGCCUGGAGGUGCAGGCCAAGUGCCAGCCCUGCGCCCUGGGCCAGGCCGACUGGCUCAUCAUCAGGGACCGUUUUGGGCAGUGCUUCACCACCAAGGUGCUCACGGAGCCGCUGGGCGAGGCCAGCCUGGAACAGCACCCUGGGGCCCAGGCGGAGCGCAGGAGCAGCGUGGCCGUGGUGGUGCCGGACGAGGACGAGAGCCGGGACACCGUGCGGCUGCACGACAAGGACGAGAAGAACCUCCUGAGGUAUUACCUGUUCCAGGGAAUGCGCUACGUGUGGCUGGAGCGGCGGCAGGCCUUCUGCAGGGUCAGCAUCCUGGACGAGGGCUGGAGCUGCGCUGAGCUGCACCUGUGCCAGGCCGGGCUGGACCAGCAGGAGCACAGUGCCAGGAGGAAGAUCUACGGCCCCAACCUCAUCGAGGUGCCCGUCAAGUCCUACGCCAGGCUCCUGGUGGAGGAGGUGCUCAACCCCUUCUACCUGUUCCAAGUGCUCAGCAUGGUGCUGUGGGUGUGUGAUGCCUAUUACUACUACGCCGCCUGCAUCUUCCUCAUCUCCACCUUCUCGCUGGGGCUGUCCCUCUACGAGACGCGCAAGCAAAGCACCACGCUGCGGAACAUGGCCAGGAUGUCCGUGGAGGUCCGGGUGCGGCGGCCUGGAGGAGAGGAGCUGGUGGUCAGCUCGGCAGAGCUGGUGCCCGGGGACUGCAUCCGGCUGCCGGCGGCCGGGGCGGUGCUGCCGUGCGACGCGGCGCUGCUGAGCGGGGAGUGCAUGGUCAACGAGAGCCUGCUGACCGGGGAGAGCGUGCCGGUGAUGAAGACGCCGCUGCCGGCGGGCGGAGCCGCGUACUGCCCCGAGGAGCACCGGCGGCACACGCUGUUCUGCGGCACACAGAUCAUCCAGGCCAAGGCCUACGUGGGCGGGGAGGUGCUGGCCGUGGUCACCCGCACAGGGUUCUGCACGGCCAAGGGAGACCUCAUCAGCUCCAUCCUCUACCCCAAACCCGUGAGCUUCAAGUUCUACAAGGACGCUGUGAAGUUUGUGCUGUUCCUCGCCAUCCUGGCUCUCAUCGGCACCUUGUACAGCAUCCUCAUCCUCGUUAGGAACAAGGUCCCGGUGGGACAAAUCAUCAUCCGCGCCCUGGACCUGGUCACCGUCAUCGUGCCGCCAGCGCUGCCGGCCGCCAUGACCGUGGGCACCAUCUACGCCCAGAACCGGCUGAAAAAGCAGGGAAUCUUCUGCAUCAGCCCCCCCCGGAUCAACCUGUGCGGGAAGAUCCGCCUGGUGUGCUUCGACAAGACGGGGACGCUGACCCAGGAGGGGCUGGACGUGUGGGGCGUGGUGCCCCUGGAGCAGCAGCGCUUCCUGCCCAUCGUGCACGAGCCCCGCUGCCUGCCCGCCGGCGCCCUGCUCUACGCCCUGGCCACCUGCCACGCCGUGUCACCGCUGCGGGGACAGCUCGUCGGGGACCCCGUGGACAUCAAAAUGCUGGAAUCCACCGGCUGGCGCCUGGAGAUGAUGGAGGAGGAGGAGGAGGAAGGGGAGCUCCCAGCGUUCCAGCAGUUUGAGAUGAAGGUCUUGGCCGUGGUGAAACCUCCACCAGAGGAGGAGCAACCUCGGGACAGGAGGCACCAGGCCCCGCUGGGGAUCCUGCGGCGUUUCCCGUUCUCCUCCUCUCUCCAGAGGAUGAGUGUCCUGGUCAAGCUGCCUGGGGAGGCCUCGGCCCACGCCUACAUCAAGGGUGCCCCUGAGAUGGUGGCCAGUCUGUGCAGGAAGGAAACUGUGCCCCCGGAUUUCUCCCAGAUGCUCCGGCACUACACCACCGACGGGUUCCGGGUCCUGGCUCUGGCCUGCAAAGCCCUGGGCACGGUGGCCACCUUUGAGGAGGCCCUGCAGCUCCCCAGGGACUCCGUGGAGAGCGGCCUGAACUUCCUGGGGUUCCUGGUCAUGAAGAACGUCCUGAAGCCGGAGUCUGCCCCGGUGAUCCAGCUGCUGAGGAGCGCCAACAUCCGCCCCGUCAUGGUGACAGGGGACAACAUGCUGACAGCCAUGAACGUGGCGCGGGGGUGCCGCAUGGUGGAGCCCAGGGAGGGCGUGAUCUUCGUCACGGCCUCGCCGCCCGGCCACGACAAACCCGCCGCCCUCAAGUUCGUCCUGGCCGAGCAUUCCCAAGGAGAGGAGCAGCCCGAGGGCCUGCAGCAGCGGGACGGCUCCUCCCUCCCACCCCGGCACUGCCACUUCGCCCUCAACGGGAAAUCCUUCCAGGUGGUCUGCGAGCACUUCUCCGAGCUGCUGCCCAGGAUCCUGCUCCGGGCCACCGUGUUUGCCCGCAUGCUGCCCGAGCAGAAGACGCAGCUGGUGUGCAGCCUGCAGGAGCUCAAUUACUGCGUGGGGAUGUGCGGGGACGGUGCCAACGACUGCGGGGCGCUGCGGGCGGCCGACGUGGGCAUCUCCCUGUCCGAGGCCGAGGCGUCCGUGGCCUCGCCCUUCACCUCCCGCGUGGCCACCAUCGAGUGCGUGCCCAAGGUCAUCCGGGAGGGCCGGUGCUCCUUGGUCACCUCCUUUGGGGUCUUCAAGUACAUGGCCCUGUACAGCCUGGUGCAGUUUGUGUCCGUGCUCCUGCUCUACACUAUCAACACCAACCUGAGUGAUUUCCAGUUCCUGUUCUUCGACCUGGUGAUCACCACCACGGUGGCGGUGCUGAUGGGGCGCACGGGGCCGGCGCCGGCGCUGGGCGUGCGGCGGCCGCAGGGAGCCCUGAUCAGCGCGCUGGUGCUGGGCAGCCUCCUGCUGCAGACAGCCCUGCUCAUCACCGUGCAGGUCCUCAGCUACUUCAUCACCGUCUCACAGAGCUGGUACGUCCCCCUGAACAGCACGGUGACAGCGCCCCAGAACCUGCCCAACUACGAGAACACCGUCCUGUUCUGUGUCACCGGCUUCCAGUACCUCAUCCUGGCCGUGGCCAUGUCCAAGGGCUACCCCUUCCGGGAGCCACUCUACACCAACGUGCUCUUCCUCCUUGUCCUCAUCCUGCUCUUCGGCCUGAUGAUCUGGCUGACCCUGUACCCGCUGGGCUUCCCCAAAUCCCUGCUGAAGCUCCAGCCCAUCGAGGAUUUCAAUUUCAAGCUGCUCCUCUUGGGCAUCGCCGCCCUCAACUUCUUCGCUGCCUUCGUGCUGGAGACCGCCCUGGAUCACGGCUUGCUCGGCUGCUUCCGAAGGCUGCGCCGGAAAAAAGCCUCCAAGAAGCUUUUCAAGAGGCUGGAGAAGGAGCUGAGCCAGCAGCAGCCGGCCUGGCCACCCCUGGACCAGCCCCUGUUUGCCACACCCAGGAUGUCCCUGGCCGUGAGAUAGCAGUGCCAGCUGUGCCUCUGCCCCAGCCCUCGGACACUUCCUUAAUUUAUUGAUCCCGGAAAAAGCAGGGAUGCGGCAGGCGGGAUCCCUCGGCAUCGCGGAUGGGAAUCCCAUGGGCACGGUGAUCCCAUGGGCACAGUGAUCCCAUGGGCACGGUGAUCCCAUGGGCACGGUGAUCCCAUGGGCAAGGUGAUCCCAUGGGCACGGUGAUCCCAUGGGCACGGUGAUCCCAUGGAUACAGUGAUCCCAUGGGCACAGUGAUCCCAUGGGCACGGUGAUCCCAUGAGCACGGUGAUCCCAGGAGCACGGUGAUCCCAUGAGCACGGUGAUCCCAUGGACACAGUGAUCCCAUGGGCACGGUGAUCCCAUGGGCACGGUGAUCCCAUGGGCACGGUGAUCCCAUGGGCACGGUGAUCCCAUGGACACGGUGAUCCCAUGGGCACGAUGAUCCCAUGGACAUAGUGAUCCCAUGGGCACGAUGAUCCCAUGGACAUGGUGAUCCCAUGGGCACGGUGAUCCCAUGAGCACGGUGAUCCCAUGGGCACGGUGAUCCCAUGCACAUAGUGAUCCCAUGGGCACGGUGAUCCCAUGAGCACGGUGAUCCCAUGGGCACGGUGAUCCCAUGAGCACGGUGAUCCCAUGGACACAGUGAUCCCAUGAGCACGGUGAUCCCAUGAGCACGGUGAUC